CUAAAAUUAUUUUCCAUUGGGUUUCAAUGGACCGCAAUCGUGCAAUAUUUUUCUAUAUCAUGACGUGGAACGCUUUCAUAUCGGACGUGGAAUGUUUUGAAAAUCGUAGUUAAUUGUGAUUCUACUCUGUAGAAAAGAUUUUGAUCCGGACGUACAUAUCUAAAUUAAAUGAUUGUAUCUUAAAUGAUAUAUAUUACUGAAGUGCUUCAUUUCUUUUUGCAGUUUGACGCAUGUUGACUAUAUGUUAACAACAACAAUCGACAACAAUCAAGUUCAUGGCCGUAUUCUCGCAGUCAGUCGUUUUACUUUUUCUGUAUUUUUUCUCGACAGAUACAGAGAUUAUUUCUACGGAGCAUACUACGGUCAAGGCAGUGGACCAAUUUUUGUAGACAGGCUUGAUUGCCCAUAUACAGUUGCCCAUAUACCUAGUACUAACUACCCUUUAUUAAACGACUGUGCAUAUGCUGUUGAUAACUACUAUAACUGCGGCCAUAAUAAAGAUUUUUCUGUAAUGUGCUACGGACCAACCUUAAACAUUGCCGCUGCACGAUUAGUCAAUGGAACUGGCCCAUAUGACGGACGUGCAGAAAUCAACGUGAACGGUACGUGGGGAACUAUUUGCGAUGAAAACUUCAAUAUUCAAGCCGCAGAUUUAUUUUGUGACUUGCUGGGACUCAGGGCAGCUCAGUAUUUUACUGGUGCAAAAUAUGGCGAAGGAAACGGUCCAGUUUUCAUUGAUCAACUGUUUUGUAAAGAUUAUCAUUAUUCCCUCAGCAGAUGCAAAUAUUUGUUCCUGAAUGAGUGCAGUCACAGGAGAGACAUAUCUGUUGUUUGCAAUGAUUGUGGACAAUCAGAUGUCUUUAACUGGGAUGCUGAUUACCUCACCUACAAUGGCACUACGUUGUUUGCCGACUGUUUGUACUAUCGGACAUAUAUUGGGAAGCUUAAACUGACGUGUGAUAAACACACGCAAACCUGGAUCAAAGAAGGAAAAUGUCAAGAAUAUCGUUUCCCGUUGGACAUAACCGACAUAAGAUUGGUUAAUGGUUCUAAUUCAACAAAUGGAAGGGUCGAGCUGAAGUCAUUGGAUACAUGGGGGACAGUAUGCGAUGAUGAUUUUGGAACGGAAGAGGCUAAUGCUAUCUGUAGAAUGCUUGGAUACCCUCGAGCAGUAACGUAUUAUACCGGCGCCCAUUAUGGACAAGGCACAGGGCCAAUAUUUGUGGACGAUCUGAGCUGUGAGGAAGACGCAUCACAUAUUAACAACUGCACCUAUAUUACAUAUGACGACUGUGACCAUGGCGACGACGUUUCUGUUUUUUGCACAGAAAGCUGUAAUCCAGCAUGUAAAGCGUGUACAUGGUACAACAACUGCACUGCCUGCCCAUCUGGAAAGUAUGGAUCAUUCUGUCAACACGAUUGUGGUCUUGGAUGCCAAAAUCAUCAAUGUGACAUAAGUAGUGGGUUUUGCACAUGUUUAUUUAAUUUUCAAGGCAAUAAAUGCAAUCAAUGUGUUAAUGGCAAAUACGGUAAUGCAUGUGACAUAAACUGUUCCGUAGGUUGCGCAAAUAAUUCAUGUAACAUUAAGGGCAACUGUUAUAGUUGCAAGCCUGGGUUUAUUGGAAACAUGUGUACUCAGUGUGAGUAUGGUAAAUAUGGAACUAAUUGUAACAUUCCAUGUCAAUUUGGAUGCAGUAAUGGCACUUGCAAAAAUAAUGGAAAUUGUUAUAGUUGCAAGGAUGGGUUCAUGGGAAGUAAAUGCGAUCAAUGUGUCGAUGGUAAAUAUGGAACUAAUUGUAACAUUGCAUGCCCGUCUGGUUGUAGCAAUAUCAAUUGUAAAGAUAAUGGAGAUUGUUAUAGUUGCAAGGAUGGGUUCACGGGAAAUAAAUGUGACCAAUGUGUCGAUGGUAAAUAUGGAACUGAUUGUAACAUUGCAUGCCCUUCUGGUUGCAGCAAUAUCAAUUGUAAAGAUAAUGGAGAUUGUUAUAGUUGCAAGGAUGGGUUCACGGGAAGUAAAUGCGAUCAAUGUGUCGAUGGUAAAUAUGGAAUUGAUUGUAACAUUGCAUGCCCGUCUCGUUGCAGCAAUAUCAGUUGUAAAGAUAAUGGAGAUUGUUAUAGUUGCAAGGGUGGAUUCACGGGAAAUAAAUGCGAUCAAUGUGUCGAUGGUAAAUAUGGAAUUGAUUGUAACAUUGCAUGCCCGUCUCGUUGCAGCAAUAUCAAUUGUAAAGAUAAUGGAGAUUGUUAUAGUUGCAAGGAUGAGUUUGCGGGAAGUAAAUGCGAUCAAUGUAUCGAUGGUAAAUAUGGAAUUGAUUGUAACAUUGCAUGCCCGUCUGGUUGCAGCAAUAUCAAUUGUAAAGAUAAUGGAGAUUGUUAUAGUUGCAAGGAUGGGUUCAUGGGAAUUAAAUGCGAUAAGUGUGUCGACGGGUUAUAUGGAAUUGACUGUGAACAUGAUUGUUCAAAAUAUUGUGCGCAUGAAACUUGUAAUAAGACAUCAGGUGUGUGUAAUGAUGGCUGUAUAAUUAACUAUUACGGUGAGCAAUGUAACAUGAGGUGUGCAUCUACAUGUUUACCAGACGGUGAAGGUAGAAGGUGUUUUCAUACGAAUGGAAGUUGUGUAAAAGACUGUCAAAACGGAUAUUAUGGCGACAUGUGUCAAGACCGUUGCAGUGAAAACUGCAUAAAUAUUGUCUGUUUAAGAGAUAACGGUGGAUGUAAAUUCGGCUGCAUUGACGGUUUUGAAGGAGAAGGAUGCACACAAAUAUCUACCUCAGGGGACAUAUCCUAUUCGGCAGAUUCUACGAAUGUUGGUGCAUUCAUUGGAGUUGGGGUUGGGUCUGUGGCAGUUACUCUUAUUGCUGUCGGAAUAGUCAUUAUAUUAAGACGAUGCCUAAGACGUGGACACCUAAGCAGAAACAUGCCAGAACAGACAUACGAGUUGCAAGAUGUGAAACAGCAGAAUGUAAAACUUGAUGCUAUGCCGAAUAUAACAUCAACGAUAGAACGCCAUGGUGAAGUUUCCGGACGGAAAUGCUAAAAGCCGAAUAUAGUAGCGACAACAUGGGCACGUAAGAAGACACACCUCAGAUACUGGCUAUGUCAAUACAAGCUUCCAAGUAUAUGAAGAGUUAAAAGGAAGUAACAGAGAAUCAAGUGUAUACGACCGAAUUGAUAGUACCAGCUCCAGCUAGAGAAUAUUAUGUGUCGUCACUCACAAUGAUUGAAAGUAUAUGUCAUUUUCGUGUUCAUUAGCCGAUAACAGUUUGAUCAUAUGUGUAAAGAAUAGUGAAUGUCAAGUUUUAUUCAAACUUUCUAAUCAUUUGAUUAAAAUGAUGCUCUAAAUUCGCAAUGAAUAUGAAAGUGUCGUAUAAAUAUAUUAUGCUAGAACAGGUAGAAUUAUCUGUGAUAGACCAAACGUUGCUAAAUAUAAUAUAUGUGUUGUUGGAACUAGAGGGCGUUGACUGUCGUAUGCAUUUCGACUACAGUCUAUGAACAGACUCAGUUAAACGGAGCCUGCAACUUUUUAAUUUUUGCCGUGUUGAGCGACCUGUUAAGUUUCAACCUUUUGUAUUUUGGUGUUUGGGUUACUGGCUUUUACAUUUACUUUUUCGCAUUUUCACAAUCAAAGAAAGUAUGCCAUUUGCCAUUUAAUUAGUCAUAAUUUCAUAAAUCUUUUUACUAAAAACGCAAUAUACAUAUUGUUAUGUUUAUUGCAUUUAAUCUGUUUUGAAGUAUACUAACAUUUAUUAGCAUACAAUAAUAUAACACUACAAUCACAAUUUAUGAUGUUCUUCACCGAGCAAAAUUUCUUUUUUAUGAUAGAACGCCGAAAAAAAAACACUGUAUUAAUUGUUUUAAAUAGCUUGUUCAUGUACAGUACAUGUAUCGCAUUAUGGUUAAUUUCUAUAUCUUCACAAUAAAAGAUGUUUGUUAGCAGUC